AUGCCUUCGAAUGAGGCUAUCAGCGCCAUCGUUCGAACAGGUGCAGCGAGUGUCAAGGAGGAAGGCAUCAGGAGCUUCCUAUGGAGCAAGAAAUGGCUCGUCCUCACCAUUAACGAGCUGCAGAUCUUCAAGAAUGAGCAAUCGUCCUCCCCCUCCCUCGUUCUCCAGCUGGUCGACGUCGUCGAUGUUCAGCGUGUCGACGCCAAGCCCUUCUGUAUCGAGGUUGAGAUCAAAGACAAGUUGAUGUUCUUCGCGUUCCGCUCCGACGAAGAGCUCUACGGCUGGAUGGAAGACAUCUACUCGCGCUCGCCGCUCAUGGGCGUCAGCCGGCCCACCAACUUCGUUCACCAAGUGCACGUCGGCUUUGAUCCGGUGUCUGGGGGCUUCACCGGGCUACCGCCUCAAUGGUCAAAGCUUCUUACUUCGUCUGCGAUCACUAAGGAGGAAGCUGCUCGCCAUCCAGAGGCCGUCCUCGACGUCCUGCAGUUCUACACAAACCAGCAAAUGAUGCAGUCCGAUUAUCCCCCGCCAGCCGCAUCUAUACCAGAGCGACAGCCCUCUUCGGCGCCGCGGUUCGUUGACGGCACUGGGUAUCGCAUGCAGCAACAGCCUCCACAGCAAACACCCUCAAGGGACGCUUACCCUGCGCAACCCACGCCUUCAAGGCAAAUGGAAGCCACGCGUGAUGAGCCCAAGCCGGUCCCGAAGCCUCAGCUUGCUGCGGAGCGCAAGGCCCCCCCACCACCACGCCCGCCUGUUGCUCCUCCUGGCAGGCCUACCGAGCCGACAGCCUCGCCGGCCAUGGCGCCCAACGCAGCACCAACCCAACAGCGGGCGAAGCCUGCCGAGACUGGUGGGCCUGCCACUACUCCAGCGACAGCUGCGCCCGCUGCUUCUAGGCCAGUUGAACGAAGGAUCAGUACGAUGAACGAGGCCCAGAUCAUGGACAAGCUGCGAUCUGUGGUAAGCUCCGACGACCCAUCAACGAUGUACGCCAAGAUCAAGAAAGUGGGACAAGGCGCGUCUGGGAUGGUCUUUGUCGCCAAGACUCUUGCUACUGGCAAGAAGGUGGCCAUCAAGCAAAUGGACCUUGCACAACAACCUCGCAAGGAACUUAUUGUCAACGAGAUUAUCGUCAUGAAAGAGUCUCAGCAUCCCAACGUCGUCAACUUCCUGGAAGCGUUCCUCGUCAAGAACACCGAGCUCUGGGUUGUCAUGGAGUACAUGGAGGGCGGCGCCCUCACAGACGUCAUCGAAAACAACAAGUUGGCCGAGGACCAGAUUGCCUCGAUCUGUCUCGAGACAUGUCGCGGGCUGCAGCAUCUGCAUUCGCGCUCCAUCAUUCAUCGCGACAUUAAGUCUGACAAUCUGCUAAUGAAUGCUUUCGGCGAGGUCAAGAUCACCGAUUUCGGUUUCUGCGCCAAACUCACAGACCAGAAGUCGAAGCGGGCGACAAUGGUCGGCACUCCGUAUUGGAUGGCACCGGAAGUGGUGAAGCAGAAGGAGUACGGCUCGAAGGUUGACAUCUGGUCGUUGGGCAUCAUGGCCAUCGAGAUGAUCGAGAACGAACCACCCUAUCUUGACGAGGAGCCUCUCAAAGCUCUCUAUCUCAUUGCGACCAACGGCACACCCACACUCAAGCAACCCGACAAACUGAGCCAGGACUUGAAGCACUUCCUGAGUGUCUGCCUAUGUGUGGACGUCAACUUCCGUGCGACUUCAACUGAGCUGCUCAAGCACGACUUCUUACGACUUGCGUGUCCUGUGAAGGAUCUUGCACCGUUGUUGCGUUUCCGCCAGGCACUGGGUUGA